UCUAUCGAAUUUCUUGCCCUCGGGAUCAAUAUCUUUCACGUCAAAUAUAUCCUCAAACAAAACACCCGCCAUGAUUCCAUGCAAGUUUAGACUCAAGUAAUCGCUAAAUCUGAGUGCGCAGCACCAAACUCCGUGGCAGCUUGGAACAAAAUUGCAUGUGUUCUACCCCAUCCCCUGAUUAUGGCGCCUGGAAUUAGUGGAAGAGGUGGGCAUAACUGCUGUGUUCCUGGAUGUACAAACUAUCAUGAGAAAACAAAGUUUAGAGAGGUUCCCGUUAGCUACAUGUCUUUCCCCAACGACACAGCAGACGACCACGAGUGGAGGGAAAAACUCGUAGCAGCUGUAGCCAGACAUGAUGCAAACUUCAAUGUGUCCAAACACAAGAUCUGCUCCGAUCACUUUGAAAAGUCGCACCUGGUUUUUAGUGGUAAAGGCUUCAAAAUAUCAAAGGAGCGAUUGCCCACACUGAAAAUGCCCAGAAGAAGUAUGGAAGUCACCAAAACUUCACCGAAAAAGAAACCAACUCCUCGGCGUGCACCCGGGACUCCAGAGAUGGUUAAGCUGCAUGACUACGGUGAGUUGCAGCAGGCUGCAGUCAAGGUUACUGAACCGUGGGUCCUCAUCCGCAGCGACGAUCUGCUCACACUCGUACUGAGAGAACAAGAUGGCAGCCUGCCUCUGAAGGUCACCUUCAAUGAUGCGUUAGAAGCGACCGUCAGCUGGAACGGACGCUUGGUGAUGACUCAUGAACUUGAUGUGAAGCAGGUGGGUCUUGAGAUGGCACUGAAAAGGCUACAAAGUCUGCAGUGGUGUUCCCCAGACAGCGAAAGAUCGCCAAAGUGCCGGCUAAUCGUCGAUCGACCAGGACUCUGUUCGACUUGCAUUCACAAAACAAAGAGAACGUUCGUCUGUGAGAAGCGACUGCUCCCUGCGCUAACGCGUUUAAGCUCUGCGCCUAAAGGUGGCGCUAAUUAAAGAGCUGCCUCGCACCCGUGUCAAGCUGAAAGCUGUCGUGGCUGAUCGCGAUAGAAUUCCUCGCUGUCCCUCCCGCUUGAAAGUCAUUCGCAGUCUCUUGCGAAGUGCAGGAGGAUAGGACACACAUGUAAGCAGCUGAACCAGGCAGCUUGCCUCUGUAGUUGAUACGAUAGCUCCUGUAAAAAGAACUUGUGUUAUUUAUUUGUCACUGAGGGUAAGGAGCUUGCAAGUUCAUGUAGAUGUAUUUUUUUACCAAUGUACCAUCUUUAAAUCAAUCAAUAAAUAAAUAAUUAAUUAAAUAUGA